AUGGCUCCAUCCGUGGCUCUGGACCCGCAUGUCGAAUAUGGCCGUGAUCAGCCAACCAUGUUCAGUGCCAAGAGGCAUAUCGACUACUCACCACCAGCGGAGAUUCUCCAAAUGAAGGAUUUGGGCCAGAAUGCGACGGAGCUGUCGUCCGUGGCCUCAACAGUGCCUUUCCCGUUGCUCUCCCACGAGGCGGUCCUGCAGCAUCGCCGUGAGAUAUUUAGCGACGAUGUGCUCGACAACUGCAUGCACCACACGAGGCCAGGGUCAGUCCAGAUCAGGGGCAUGGCGCCUCGUUAUGCAUCGUUCAUUCACGAGUUCUGGCAUUCCCCCGAAGUCUUGAAGAUCAUUAGUGACAAUGCGGGAGUCGAGCUGGUGCCGGCGAUGGACUAUGAGAUCAGUCACACCAACGUGCAACUGGGACCGGGCGGCUUGGAUGUGGUACGCAAGUCUCCCAUUGAGCCCCCCAUGGCGACGGAGGAAGCGAUUGCCAAAUUCGAGAAGGAAAAGUCCAAGCUCCGAGCGGUGACCGAUCAAAGUAAGCCCAUUAUCGAAUGGCACCGGGAUUCCCAUCCAUUUGUGUGCGUGGUAAUGUUGUCCGAUGCCCGUCACAUGGUGGGAGGCGAGACGGAGCUGAAAAGGGCCGAUGGCUCCACGCUGAAGGUCAAGGCUCCUCAGAUGGGCUGUGCCGUCAUCCUCCAAGGUCGAUAUAUCACCCACACUGCAGCACCAGCUGCGAAUAUGCCGGAGCGUGUCACCAUUGUGACCUCCUUCCGGCCCAAGAAUCCUACGCUGCUCGAUGAAACUACAAACGCGAAUGUCCGCAAUAAGUCCCACUUGACCGAGCUCUAUUACCAGUGGUCCACGUACCGUUUGGAUGUACUGGCGCAGAGGGCCCAUAUUGCGGCCCAGAGCUUGCGAGAAAAGUACGAGAAGCACAUCAAGGAGUCAGACUCGGACGGCAAGAAAGGCUUGUGUCGAGUGGAGACGGUCAAUGUUAAGGAUCUGGAAGCCUGGGCGGAGGGUCAGAUCAAGUACAUCGAAGAGACACUGCAAGAGAUGCAGCCAUUGGGCCAGUAG